UGAUAUGGAAAUUGGAAGAAUUGAUUUAAAAUCACAGCUCGAAGGGACCACAUGAAGAUUAUCGGGCAAAAGGGCCUAUUUAUAUAGAAGGCAGAGCAGAGCGAGUGUGCGACAACCACGGCUCUUCUGGGAGAUUCAUCUUCGAUAUGGCAUCCAGCACAGGAGAAGAGACUGUUUCUAGUGAGAAUGUACUUGAAUGGGCUCAGAAAGACAAGCACCGAUUCCUACAUGCUGUUUAUCGUGUUGGAGAUUUAGAGCGUACAAUAAAGUUUUAUACUGAAUGCUUUGGAAUGAAACUGCUCCGGAAAAGAGACAUUCCUGAAGAGAAAUAUUCAAAUGCAUUUCUUGGCUUUGGUCCUGAAGAUUCUCAUUUUGUGGUUGAGUUGACAUAUAAUUAUGGAGUGGAUAAGUAUGAUAUUGGCACAGGCUUUGGGCAUUUUGCUAUUGCAUCAGAAGAUGUUUAUAAAUUGGUUGAAGAUAUCAGGGCUAAGGGUGGUAAGAUUACACGUGAUCCAGGUCCUGUUAAAGGGGGGACAACAGUUAUAGCUUUUGUUCAAGACCCUGAUGGUUAUACAUUUGAGCUUAUUCAAAGAGGCCCCACACCUGAGCCUCUUUGCCAAAUUAUGCUUCGCGUAGGUGACUUGGAAAGGUCCAUCAAGUUUUACGAGAAGGCUUGUGGGAUGAAGUUAUUGAGGUCAAAAGACAAUCCUGACUACAAGUAUACUAUUGCCAUGAUGGGUUACGCUGAAGAAAAUGAAUCAACAGUUCUUGAGUUGACAUACAACUAUGGUGUGACGGAGUACACGAAAGGCAAUGGAUAUGCUCAGGUUGCUAUUAGUACUGAAGAUGUUUAUAGAAGUGCUGCUGUUGUUGAUUUGGUUACAAAAGAGCUAGGAGGAAAAAUCACCAGGCAACCAGGACCAAUUCCAGGAAUCAACACCAAAAUUACUUCUUUCCUGGACCCAGAUGGUUGGAAAGUGGUUCUGGUGGACCAUUCAGACUUCCUCAAGGAGCUUGAGGUGUGAUCAUGGCCAAAGAAUGAACUUAAAGUACAGUGGUUUGUAAUAAUUGCAGUGCUACCUGAGAUUGCCCUGUCAUGUGAUUUCUGGUUGUACUUGGAGUUGUAGUUAAAUUUUUGCGCACUAUUUCCUUACUAAGCUUUUCAUAUGUAGCUUUAUUUUGACAACUUCCACUGUAUCUGGCGAUAGAACAAGAUGGUCCUUCUUGUUAUAUGUUUUAAAUAAAUGUUAGCUAUUAACUUGAA